UGGGUUUUUAGCGUUUCGUGUAGUUGUCUAAUUAUAAAUUCAUACUUGAUCUGGAAAAAUGUUAUCCUUCUGAGUAGAAAGUGCUUUUGUAUUAGACAUAAAAUAUCGUUUUAUCAGCAGUCUAUAUAUUUUACCAUAAUUCGUAGGCCACACUUUGAGAAGCCCUGCUGGCGCCAGCGAGGAGUUGCAAGGAGGAAAGCAACCACAGACAUGGACUGAUUCCGAAGAGGGUGACAAAAGAAUAAAACAUCCAGUUUUUAAACGUCCAUACUACACUGAUCGGACUGAACCGAUGGAUAGGUCGGAAAUAGACCGAAGACCAUCAUACUCGUAUCACCCUCGGUCGCCAUCAUGUUCACCUCCUCCGCAAUCGUCUGUUGAUUCGUGGUGGACGGAAGAACCUUUUGCUAAAGGCCACACUUUGAGAAGCCCUGCUGGCGCCAGCGAGGAGUUGCAAGGAGGAAAGCAACCACAGACAUGGACUGAUUCCGAAGAGGGUGACAAAAGAAUAAAACAUCCAGUUUUUAAACGUCCAUACUACACUGAUCGGACUGAACCGAUGGAUAGGUCGGAAAUAGACCGAAGACCAUCAUACUCGUAUCACCCUCGGUCGCCAUCAUGUUCACCUCCUCCGCAAUCGUCUGUUGAUUCGUGGUGGACGGAAGAACCUUUUGCUAAAGGCCACACUUUGAGAAGCCCUGCUGGCGCCAGCGACGAGUUGCAAGGAGGAAAGCAACCACAGACAUGGACUGAUUCCGAAGAGGGUGACAAAAGAAUAAAACAUCCAGUUUUUAAACGUCCAUACUACACUGAUCGGACUAUGCCUCGCAGUAAGGAAGGCAAGACGCGGGAGAAGAUCAACCCUCGAGCUUUAGAAAAUGCGAACAAUCUAAUAGCAAAACCCAGGUACCAAACGAAUGGGUUACUACUGAAUCUGCUGGAGAGUUUUGGUUACGUGGUUCAGGAACACCAUCCUAGCAAGAGCUUACGUAAACCCGAGGCCACAGGUCUUGGCAAGGGCAACUAG